CUCUGACCAGGCCGGCCAGCUUAAAUGGAAUGUCCAGUUUUGUCUCACCAUCCCUCCCAGCGCUCCCCCCAUUGCUCCUCCUGGGACCAUUGCUGUGGUACUCAAGGCAAAGAUGCUUUUCUUUUUGCAGCUGACCCAACGCAUCCCAGUGCCCCAGGAGCCAGUAACCAUUAUUGUGCCCAUUGUGUACGACAUGGCCACAGGCCUCACUCAGCAGGCAGACAUCCCCAGACAGCACAGCUCCUCUGGGGCGGCAGCGCUCCUGGUCUCUAAUAUCCUCAAGAGGUUCAACGAGCUGCACCCAGCCAGGCAGGGAGAGUGUACAAUAUUUGCAUCUGUUCACGAGCUGAUGGCCAACCUUACUCUUCCUCCCGGUACCAGACAGUAGGAACAACAAACACAGGCAGAGCUGAAACUCAGCUGGACUCCACUAACAUCUCCAAGUUUGUUUGGAUACAAGUCUGUAGACCCAACACCAACAUGUGCUUCUCCUCUGAUCAGAACUUUGGGUUCAUGCAAAUUUGCUGUUAAAAAUAGACAUGGACAAAAAAGGAGGUUUUUUUUUGUUUGUUUUUUCUGCUAAAGUAGUUCUUAGAAAUGAUCAACUCUGGAUGCAAAAUUGUGUAAAUAUUCAGUUUUUCCUCUUCAGUGCACUUGUAAACAAAUGUCUCAAAAUUAAGUCUGUUUACAAAAAAUGCACCUUGUUGUAAAUUUUUGUCUAAAAGAAUUGGGUAAGUUAGAUUUUUUGCAAGAGCCCUGUUUUUUAUGCUUGACUGAUACUGUUGUAGUAUCGGGAUAGAUUCCUUGGAACAUUAUUAGUUAUCUUCUUGCCUUUCAUUUGUCCGUGUA